CGGCCGGGGAUAAAUACUGCGCUCCGGCAGAGGCGCAGCAUUCCCGGAGUCAGGACGCGACACGCGACCCUCCCCAGCACCUCCGUCCCUGUGAGUGCACGGACCAGGACCCUCAGCCCUGCACAACUGUUCCCCGACUCUUGUCCGGGUCGCCGCCUGCGUUCCCCAGCAUCUUCCCAGCGCGCCGCAUCCCCUGGGCAAGCCAGGCCGGUUCCUGGCUGUCAGUCCGUCCGGUCCGUCGGUCGCGUCCGCGCUCGGUGCCAUGCCGUUCCUAGGGCAGGACUGGCGAUCCCCGGGCCAGAGCUGGGUGAAGACGGCGGACGGCUGGAAGCGCUUCUUGGAUGAGAAAAGCGGCAGCUUCGUGAGCGACCUCAGCAGUUACUGCAACAAAGAGGUGUACAAUAAGGAGAAUCUGUUUAACAGCCUGAACUACGAUGUUGCAGCCAAGAAGAGAAAGAAAGACAUACAAAACAGCAAAACCAAAACUCAGUAUUUCCAUCAAGAAAAGUGGAUCUACGUUCACAAAGGGAGUACCAAGGAGCGCCAUGGAUACUGUACUUUGGGGGAAGCUUUCAACAGACUGGACUUCUCCACUGCCAUCCUGGAUUCCAGAAGAUUCAACUACGUAGUAAGGCUGUUGGAGCUGAUAGCAAAGUCCCAGCUCACAUCCCUGAGUGGCAUUGCCCAAAAGAACUUCAUGAACAUUUUGGAAAAAGUAGUUCUGAAAGUUCUCGAAGACCAGCAAAACAUAAGACUCAUACGGGAACUUCUCCAGACCCUCUACACAUCUUUAUGCACACUGGUCCAGAGAGUCGGCAAAUCCGUGCUGGUGGGCAACAUUAACAUGUGGGUGUAUCGGAUGGAGACCAUUCUGCACUGGCAGCAGCAGCUGAACAGUAUCCAGAUCAACAGACCUGCAUUCAAAGGCCUCACGAUCACCGACCUGCCCGUGUGCUUACAACUGAAUAUCAUGCAGAGGCUGAGCGACGGGCGGGACCUGGUCAGCCUGGGCCAGGCAGCCCCAGACCUGCAUGUGCUCAGUGAGGACCGACUGCUAUGGAAGAGGCUCUGCCAGUACCACUUCUCAGAGCGGCAGAUCCGCAAGCGAUUGAUCGUGUCUGACAAAGGGCAGCUGGAUUGGAAGAAGAUGUAUUUUAAGCUUGUUCGAUGUUACCCAAGAAGAGAGCAGUAUGGGGUCACCCUGCAGCUCUGCAAGCACUGCCACAUUCUCUCCUGGAAGGGCACUGACCAUCCGUGCACCGCCAACAACCCAGAGAGCUGUUCUGUCUCGCUUUCGCCUCAAGACUUUAUCAAUUUGUUCAAGUUCUGAAUCAUACGACAGCACACGACAACUCUUCAGAAGGCCCCUGAUAGGAUGGCUGGGAGUCGGGACCCUUCAUUUGUAAAUAGUGUACAUUUAAGCAUUGGCUUGAAACUGCGGGGAUCUGUUGUUGAGAAGACGUUGAUGGGAUGAGAUGCAGUUGCCAAUGGAAAUUUACCAAUGUAAAUUUCACAUGAGAACUGGUUCAGAAAAGCAGAAAUACUGUAAAUAGACUUCUCAUUUUCCCUAACGAUUUGCAAGCAAGACGAUAUAAGGGCAAGAACUCUAUGUCAGCCAUGGAAAUGGAGUCCUCUUGAGUUCCCUAGGAAGAAAAGGGCAAAACUCAAAGACAAGAUGGCACACUCUGUUUACAAUGUGAAAUGUCGUUAGGUCAAAAUAAGGAAGAAGGAAAAUGAACGCUAUGAUUGAGAGAUCCUUGGGCUUUGGGCUUGGAUUCGGGGUUUGUUUUCAACGGGCAAAGAAGUAUAUCCACCUGAAAUCUGCACGGGUAUAAGUCCUUAUCCUAUGAAGAUGCCACACAAUGGUCUACCUCCAAAAGCGUAGUGUACUCUCUGGCAACAUACAUUAUCUAGCAGGCCAUGUCUGUGUUUCAUGUAAGUUCUAUACUCUGUGACGUGAUCUAAGAUGGGAAGGCUGUUAGGAAGGAAAAGAAAAAUGCCCUCUCUUGGUUCUGACUUCCUGUUCCCCCAAUCCCUCUCAGUACCUGUUCCUGUUUGCCUUUCAUGUUGUCACUCCCAUAGGGAACCAGGAGGCCCGCUAAAGAACAGCAGAAAUCCUGAAGAGAGAAUUAGGCACCUGUGCACGCUCAGCACUUUCGAUUUAACACUUCCUUCUUCUAGCCUAACUUCUGGGCUUGUCCGGGCUUCCUUGAGUGUCUUCAUGGCUGAGUGGAUAGCUGGGACCUUAGUGGAGCCCAAGAACUGAGGCUUGAGAGACACACUUUUUCGUACUGGCCAGUUAAACAUCUGCCAGCUGCUGCUUCCCCUAGGCUGGGCACCGAGCUAAGGCACUGUCUGUUCUUUUAGGUCCUACAUCAAACUUGAGUCAUCCUGAACUAGGACUUUUCACACGCGUGAUUUAAAAGAAAGCCUGGAGUUCCAGCCAGAUAGAUGUGUUCAUCUUAAACUUGUUUUCGGGACUGAGAUAGAACAAAGAGAGUUCAGAGAUAAAGGAUCCCAAGGGUUCUUGCAAAGCUGAGACACAAGUACUGUGGAAGAAAGGAGAUCUCAGGGCUUAAGGAGUUAAUUCCUGGGGUGGGGGGAAUGUUUUUAUUUUUUACUUUUUAUAGAUUGUUGCUUUUCUACCAUGUACAUAUAUUUGCAAUUGUAUUUGCUUUUUUAAAAAAAAAAAUCUCCAAAUAAAAUUGCCACUAUGCAUGCCGUUGGCAAAUAAGCAGAAAUAGGAAUUUGUCCCAUGUAAAUGUUAAGGUGUGGUGUGACCUGAAGCACUUAUGCUUGGGGUGGUCCUAGGAGGAGAGGAGAGAUGACUGAGCAUGAACAGGAACAAGUUUGGGGCAGUCAACGCCUCUUCCUUCUGUAGCAGAGCGCCCCAGAGUCAGUACUGAACAGGUGGGUGGAGUCUGCAGGUGGGUGGAGUCUGCAAGUGGGUGGAGUCUGCAAGUGGGUGGAGUCUGCGGGGCUCCCUGGUUGGCAGGAUCUUAAACCUGUGCUUACACCAGAAGUUCUUCAUGUUUUCUUCCUCAGCACCAUCUCCUGUUGGCAAAAUUAAGUUGAAUUUAAAGGUUCACAAUGAGAAAAGGGACAUGUAAAAGAACAAGAUUUCUUUUACAUAGAAAAGUUGAAAGAAACCUCAGAGUUUACAAACAUUGUAACAGAUAAGAGUUCCCUGUUUGGUUUUGGUUUUUUGACUCUUCUCCCCCAGAAUCAAUAUUACAUUAAGAAUGGAGGGCCUAGAUGGAUGGAUGUAAGGAAGGAAGGAAGGAAGGAAGGAAGGAAGGAAGGAAGGAAGGCCUGCUGCCACAGUGAUUCUGAGUGACAAUGUUGAGGUUAGAGGGUCAUGACCUUUCAUAUGUCCUCUGCCUCUUAUCACUGCUCUGUGCUGUUCAGAGAUGGGAAGUUGUUGGGACCUUGGGGUUUACAGGUCCACCAACUUUGCCAGCUUUGAACUGCCCACACAAAACUAGUUAGCCAGUCUCACGGGGGGGGGGGGUCAGCAAUACCCAAAGUCAUAUAGCCUAUGUACACCCCAGGCAACAAUGUAAAAUGACCAUUACCCCAAGCAGCAAGGUCACAGCUUCUUGAAAUAUCUCACAGGUGCCUGCAGAUUCUCUGUGACCCUUGGUGUCAUUGGAUAUGGUAUGUGACACAACUGAAAAAUCGUUUGAGGGACGAAAACGAGGAAAGGGACAUGUAUUGGUCACUGCCAUUGGUUGGUAGAAAACAGGAAGGGUGUGGAAGGUGAAGAGGGAGUGGGAGAGGAGUAGAAAUGAUGUAUCUGUGAUGCUGUCUGUGGGGGAAGCAACAGAGAAAGGAGACAAGCAAGAUACCCAUAUUAGGUCAUGGCCAGAGCCUCCUAGUCAAGUACUGGGAGUUAAAAAGAAAAGCUCUUAGGACAUUAAUAGUCUAUAGAAUUCCUCUCGGUGAGCCCAGGCAGGACUCCCAGACUGAAAACACAAAUCCUAAGAAUUCCUGACCCAGAACUGCCGGUGCAAAAGGAAGAGGGGUGUAGCUAUAGGAAUGGCUGGGAGAAAUGGGACUGCGUGUCUCUCUACUGUGCCUGGCUUCCCCUCCUCUGCAUGUUGAAUUGAAGAAGCAGAGUUAUGCCCAUUUUGAAGUGCUUUGGAAUCCUGAGAAGGAAAAGGGUUUUUUGUCCAAGCAAACCAAGGGAAAUGGUCACUGGUAACUUCAUUUAAGAGCAAUCAACCGAAAGUCUCUGAAUGAGAACCAUCCCUAAUAUGUGUAAAUAUAUGUAUGUGUGUGUAUAUAUAUGCAACCUUAUUUAUAUAUGAGGGACAUAUACAUAUACCUUAUAGCAUAUAUAUAUAUAUAUAUAUAUGAAUGACAGAGCUCUUAAAUGCACCUCCCACCCAAGCACCUUGUGGAUAUGUGUAAAUUGAUGACACCCACUGUAACACUUCCCAAGAUCUUCACUGUGGGAGGCAUGGGAUGGGAAAUGAUCCCAUGAUGGGCAUCUGCCACAAUAGAUAUGCAGCUGAAGUUUAGGAAUGCUCCUUUUAUAGCCAGAGUCAGUAAAAGAAAAACUCCAUGUCACUGUCAGCUAGACCAUGUCAUUACUACCGUUGCUUCAAGCGGGUAUCUCCGUUGAAUGGGAGGGGAAAGGUGGCAGAAAGAAACAGACAUUUCACGGUGGGCUCUCCAGCCCAUCAGCUGAGAGGGGCUUUCUGGUUAGUGAUGAUCAAUUUCAGAUGGCAGUGGUUUAGAGGAGAUAUUUUUAAGGGGCAAGGUUUCCACGGCAGAAGCUUUCAACAGAAGAGCCGAUAUAAUUGUGACCAUGAAGUCAACUGAUAGGUGACCUCACAAACCCUUGCCCAUGAGGCAUCUGCUAUUGACACAGGCUCCUUAUUUCUGCUGUUUCAUAUGGAAGGGGGGGAAAAAGGCUUGGAAUUUGAUUUGUCUAAGCAAUUGGUAUGAUACACAGAGAGAUAAAUCAUCACAGGAGAUGGUUAGCAGUAUGUGGUUCUCAGCAUUCAACACAGUGUUUAUUAUAAAACAUGCACCUGGGUUUAUAUUUUUCUGCCUGGCUGUAGAGUAAUAACAUCUUGCUAUGCAAACACUAAAUUUUAUGUGUGAAUUUUCAACUGUGAUUUUAUGUGUGCAUUUUUUAAACUAAACUCUAUCAUUUUCUAUGUUGACAUCUGUUGUUGGUUUGGUUUGGUUUUGUUUUUAAUCUGUUUCCAACUAUCUGAGUCUGUGAACCAUCUCUCCUGACUAGAUGCUGGCUUGAAACCUGUUAGUGCUUAAACAGACUCAGAAACAACCCUGGGGCCUCUGGGCAAACGCAGGGGUGUUACUCGUUGAUAUAUCAUGGGCCCUCUGUGGCUUAAACAAACAAGAUCAUAAUUCCUCUCAAUUCUAUGUUUUCUAUAAAUGUUUUCUUCUCAGCUCUGCUAAAACAGAGAGGGAAGAAGGGAGGAGGGAAGGAGGGAGGGAGGGGGAGGGGGAGAGGGAGAGGGAGAGAGAGAGAGAGAAUGAACCUUUAUGGUUUUCCAAAUGAAAGAAACUCCUAUCCCAGACUUUAGAUCAAAAAGGGUUUAGUAUGGACUCUGGCAUUUCUGCCUUUGAAGAUGAGGAAGCCUUUCCAGAAUUAGGGGUACAGGGGCUUCCCCAUGCUCCCUGGGGGGUCAGCAACAGGGUUGAACAGGAACCUGAUUCCUGGAGUCCACCUCCCACCCAAGCACCUUGUGGACAUGUGUAAAUUCAUGACACCCACUGUAACACUUCCCAAGAUCCUCGCUGUGGGAGGCAUGGGAAAUGGUCCCAUGUUGGGCAUCUGCCACAAAAUCUUCCAAACCUUUCAUGUCUGAUUCUUACUGGAGAAGUCAGAGUCCCUUUUGCAUUUUCAUACCCUCUUAUUCUGCUAUGAGUGUAGCAUUCUGCUGAGUACCUCCUGCCUACUAGGAAGUCGCCAGCAUGCCAGUGGUGCAUGCCUGUAAUCUCUGCAGAGGAAGGACUUCUAUUCUAGCCUGGGCUACAUAUCAAGGCCUUGUUUCAAUAACGACAUAAAAAUAACAUGUUUUGUUGUAUUCAUAUCUCCCUUGGGUACUUACAUAAUUCCCUUAAAAGAAUAGAAGUGGGCUGGGUAGACAGCUCAGUUGAUAAAGUGCCUGCUGUGCCAAGUGUGGGGACCUGAAUUCAGAUUCUAGCAUUCAUGCAAAAUCCAGGUAUGAACUUAAGUUGCAGGGUGGGGGGGGGGGUUGGCCAGCCAGCCUUAAGAAUGUAACGGUACCCAGACUCAUUGAGAGAUCCUGUCUCAAAAAAUAAAAAUGUACAGAGAUCUAGGCAUGCACCCAACAUCUGCCCCAACCUCCAAAGUCAUAUAUAUGCAUGUGCGCAGAAAUCGCCAUGCAUGUUAGCAUGCCCCAUGUACACACACACACACACACACAAAAGAAUAGAUAAGAACUGACCCAGUUCCUGCUGGUACCCACGCAGGUCUUCUCCCCUGAAAUGGAAAGGUACAUUUAAACCACCCAUCUUUUUUCCUGCUCCUCUCUUACUAGAAAGCCCCACUCUAAGAUCUGGUGAGGUUCAUUCUAUUCAACCUUGCUUGAAAUAAGCAGAAUUUAUCCCGUAAGGCAAGGGACGGCGAUAGCCAUGAUUUUUGUUGGCUAGGCCUUUAUCAAAGUGUCCUUGAAUCCAGCAAGCAAACCUUCUUGAGAAAGCGUUCCAAACUUAGUCUCUCUCCAAAUAACAGAUGGCCACAUCCAAACUCCAAACUUCUGGAUGUGUCAUAUGCUUCGACAUUAUAGAACCUGACUCUGUGUUUGAGUAUAGACGUGUUUAUUAACUACACAAGGCUGUUUAACAGAUGGCUCCAUGCCCUGUUCCACGUUCUAUGGAGGCUUUGGUGCCCUCUUUAUACUACCAAAUGCCAAUCACACUGGCCACAGAGCAUAUAUUAGAGUCCAUGUCUAAGUUUAGAAGCUUUAAAUGUAUGUUUUAAAGAUAAACAUUAGAGUGGGUUGAACAUUUUAAGUAAAUUUGGACAGAUUUAACUAAGGUUGGACAGAUUACAUGCAAGAUGUUUGUUUAAUAACUAGUAAUCUGAAUCCUGUAUAACUUAUUUGCACACCUUUCUUGCAUGAUGAACUGACAUUUUUAUAGUUGUUUGUAUAAGACAGUGGCAUAUUUUUGUAAACCUUUUUCGACACCGAAUUGCAAUAAAUGUUUUUCCUACAACA